GCACUGUGUGUGAGGGCGUUCAGCAGCACUAAGGUGAGAAAGCAGAGGGAGGAGUUUAAACUUGCCCGAGGCUUUGGCAGCCGAGUGACUGUCAUCCCUCUCUCGGGUUUAUAUGUGGACACUUGCGCUGAUUUCUCCUGCUCCACAGCAGAUCUGUGCGCUCGGAGGUGUCUUUCAGGAGCACCGGCUCUCUCUUUACCGGACCGGACACCCGUGACCAUGGCAGACACCUACUAAAGCAAUCACGGAGAGAUACGCGUUUGUACCGACUAUGGCUGUGGACGCUGCGUCCAGCUUCAGCUUCUGUCGGGCUGCGCUGGAGCACACAGUCUCAGCAGAGGAGCUCAACUAUCAGCUGCCACGCAAGCCCGGGGGCAACCUGACCUGGCAUGAAGGACGCGGCCAGAGGGUGACGAGGAGGACCGUCAAACUGCUGCAGCAGCCCGGCACAGAAGGAAUACAGAUCCAGCCAGGAGAGGCCUUCACUGUGUACCACACCAGCCCAACGCUGUCCAGCUUAUGUAAACCAGUGGUGCUUUGGACCCAGCAGGACGUGUGUAAGUGGCUGAAGAAACACUGUCCACACAACUACCUGACCUACGUGGAGGCCUUCUCUCACCACGCCAUCACAGGUCGUGCCCUGUUGCGGUUGAAUGGAGAGAAGCUGGAGAGGAUGGGUAUAAUCCAAGAGACACUGAGACAGGAAGUCCUGCAGCAGGUCCUACAGCUACAGGUCAGAGAGGAAGUGCGUAACCUACAGCUGCUCAGCAGAGCUUCCUUCGGCAACAUUUCAUAGCUCGUCUAUCCUUUUGGCAGCUCUCUCGACGUCCCGGCAGAUAUACGGGAGGACUGAAAGAAAGAGCGAAUCUGCCUGGAGGUGGAGCUGUGGACUGUUAACUCAACACCAAUUUAACAGACAGGACCAUCUUUUUAUGCAGAUCUGAAUGGGACUCAAAAGGACAAAGUCGGACUCUAAAACUGUAAUAUAGUGAUAAGAUUCAAGUCUCACCUCAUCUCUACAAAACCUAGAGCACCAACCAGAGCUGUGUCAGACAAUAGUGAGCAUACGGAUUGGAUUAAGAAGUUGACUCCAAAUCAGAAGAUGAACAUUGAUCUCAGAUCAUGUUAAGGAGCGAUUCAUCUCAUCUAGUGUUGGGAUGUCUGACAGACCUGCUUUUUUUAACCCAGCAUCACUCGCUCAACAUGGAUGUAGGUGCAAUGCUGAAGAAGUCCUGUUUCUACAAGUGUGGGAACAGACAAUUCCUUCUCCUACCUCUCACGAUAGAUUGUAGCAUUUCAUUUGCAGAGAAUUAGAUAUUAAGGCAUGAAGUUUGAUUACCCAAUAUCUUCCCAUUCAAGCUACAGGGAUGUUCACACCAACAAAAACAACGACUACAUGAUCUGAAACUGGAUAUUAUGGACAAUUUGUAUAAAAAUGAACAUUGAAUGUUAAUAGCAUUAGAUAUACACACCUUAAAACCAACCAUCAUUUUGCUUUUCUUCUCAGGACGUUCAAGAGCUUCGUACAUUGUUCCUGCUGUUACCUUCAUAACUUAUAUUCUGGGUUUCAGUGUCCUUUUUAAAAUCUUGCACACAGUGUAGCAGGUUUUCUCCUAAUAUAUAAAGAAUAUAUCAGAGUAUGAAUAUACCUUUACUCUAGGAGUUAGAGUACAUGUCUAGAUCACUCGUAGAAGUCCCAGUUGUCCAAGCAAUAAUGUAAAGAGGUGCCACAUGUCUGCAUGGCUAGACCUGUUUGAGACUGUUUUUAAAUCAUAAAAUGUAGGUCUGCAACAUACUCUACGCAAACAAAUGCUUCAAUUUGGUGUUGCGUUGCAAGAUGUCGCAAUUUAUAACACACUUCAAGUAUAGUCAGUUUUCUCUUUCAGGUCAACUAUUGUGAUGGCGGAGCAGCAGAUUGAAGAGAGCACUAAAUGGUAGUGUGUUUAACCAUGUUGGUCUUUGUUGGGUCAGUGUGGACAUGGCAGUUGUGUUUCCCAACAUAACAAAUCCAAAAGCUAACGUUAAAUGUUUGAAAUGUUGCUGGCUGCGUGAACUAGGCUUUUGAGUAAUGAGGUUUGUUAUCUCCAAGAAUGCAAGAAUGCAUGUUAAGUAUGUACUGUAGAGAGACCGUUUGUUUCCUCUAGUGUGAUAAAGGAGCUUUUGCGGAGAGAAUAUAAUUCUUUCCAUAUUGUGAUUUUGUCUUUAUUACGCUUCAACACUCAACUACACUGUGAUGCAGUGGCAUGUUUAGGGAAAGCUUGAAUGUUAGUCUGAGUUACUGUAAAAUCUCAUUUUUACAAAGCAGCUGGAGUCUCAGUGUGACACCAGUCAUUGUUCAAGUCUUUUACACAAUGUACUCAAAGCAAACCAAUUCAGUCCAUCCAGGUUGUAAGUGUUUAAAUGUAACUGACAGGCCGGAAUUCUCUCUGAAAUUCAUGUGAUGAAAUGAUAGAUGGGUUUCCAGGGCUUUUCUCUGAUUCUUGCAUUCUGACACACUAGCAUUUUUUUCUCUCUGGACAUGCAAUGGGUUUUAUGCAAAAAUGUGAGGGAAAUGAACAUUGGUUAUGUAAUGACUUGCUACCAACAUGAUUAUACAAGACAUGGUGUGGCAAAGACAGCUGUUUUGGAAUAAAGUUUUCAAAAUACA